CCAACGCUACGAUAUGGUGGAUAGGAUAGAUGCAAUAUGACAUGAUACUGAUACUGAUGCUGAUGCUGAUGCUGGGUCAUGGUAUGAUACAAUUGAUAACACAUGAAAUUUUCAGUUUGGAAGAUACUUUGCCCUUCCAAGGUUGUUGUUUAAGGUUAUCAUGUUUUAGAUGAGCUAAUGUUCGGAUUUGCACUAUCAAAUCAUCCCCAGUACGGCAUAUGCGUUGGUAGGUAGGUAGGUAGGUAUGGUCAUAUGUAAGUAAACUAUGGAAGGUACAAGUGAAUUCUCAAAGUUCUUCAAAUCUAGAGAUAUUCAUUUUCUAGUGAAUGAGAUUGCAGUACUAUUUGCAUGAUAUCUUCAAAUCUUCUUUCUCUUUGUCUCCUACCUUAUUUCUUAAAACACUUCCUAUCUUCCUACCUUCCUCUGUAACACAACUCUACAAUCAAGCCCACAAUCAUGCCAUCGGCACUACCGACCUCGACUUCCAAAGUCACAAAGUUUACAAAUUGUCGUCUCCUAAAGGGCGAAUCUUUAGUAACCCAAGAUCUAUGGGUCUCCUCCUUCACCGGUAAAAUUAUCCAAAGCCAGGAAGCUUUCUAUGGUCAAUUAUGUGUGCCAGAUGAAGUUAUUGAUCUGGGUGGUCGCAUUAUCUCACCAGGUUUCAUCGACACACAAUUAAAUGGAGCUUUUGGAUUCGAUUUCGCUUCUAUACCAGAAGGUGAUGAUCCUAAUACUUAUGCAAAGGAAUUCAAGAGGAUUAAUCAACUGUUGAUUAAGACGGGCGUUACUUCACAUUUACCUACUAUCACAUCAUCGAGGCCGGAGGUCUAUCAUCAUGCACUUCCAUUUCUAGGUCCAUCUGGAGCAAGUCGUCUUGCAUCAGAUGGAACCGAAUCACUGGGCGCUCACGUUGAAGGACCAUUUCUCGCUCCCACCAAAAAUGGAAUCCAUCCCCUUCCCGUCCUAUUAGCUCCCAAAUCCAACGACCUCACUUCCCUCUCAGAUUGUUACGGUGCUUCAAACCUUCUCGGAAAUAUCCGUCUCAUAACCGCUGCCCCCGAACUUCCACACAUGACUUCCCUCAUCCCAACCCUUACCUCCCCCCCUCACAACAUCAUCUUCAGUAUCGGCCACACAGAAUCUACCUACGAAGACGCCACCGCCGCCGUCACCGCCGGAGCAACAAUGAUAACCCACCUCUUCAACGCCAUGCUUCCUCUCCAUCACCGCAAUCCCGGAAUCUUCGGUCUCCUCGGCACAACCCCCACAACCAAUUCCUCCCCCUCCACCACACCCCCCUCCUCUCCCCUCGUCACUCAAAACAUCAUCCCCCCUCUCCCCAAACCCAUCACCCAACGCCCCUACUUCGGCAUCAUAGCCGACUCCAUCCACCUCCACCCCACCACCAUAACCCUCGCCUACAACGCACACCCCUCAGGCCUCAUCCUCGUCACCGACGCCAUGCACCUCGUCGGUCUCCCCAACGGCCGCUACGCUUGGAACAACGAUUUCAUCCUCAAAUACGGCAUCCACCUGCGUCUGGAAUCCGAUGGGAAAAUCGCAGGCUCCUCCAUCACGCUCGUCGAAUGCGUAUCCAAUUUCCUCAACUGGACAGGAUGCAGUGUCGCGCAGGCCUUGAAAGCAGUUACCGAGACCCCGGCGAGAAUGCUGGGCUUGGACCAUGUGAAGGGUGGGUUGGAGGGGGGAAUGGAUGCGGAUUUGUGUGUGUUGGAUGUGGUGGUUGAGGAGGGCAGGAAGAGGGUUGUGGUGGAUGAGGUGUGGAAAUUUGGGGUUAGGGUUUUUGAGAGGGAAGGGGAGGAGAGGGGAAAGAUUAUUGGAUAG